AAAAUAUCCGGUUCAGUCCCGUGAUCUGAAGCGCAAGCGAGCGGAGGACGACAAUAGCGAUGUUGACGACGAGGCUGACGACGAGGCCGAAGAAGCUAGAAAGGCCGAAAAUGCUGUCAUAAGAGCGACCAGAAAGAAGCUGGAGCAAGUUGACUACCAGGGAACUACGGUUACGAAAUCAGACUAUAAAGAUCUGGCAAAGAAACUUUUAUCUUCCGAGUUUCCCAAAAGUCCCGAUACCAGCGAUCAAGAACUUAUUGCGCGCCAAUGGAGGAUCUAUCUUCGAGACGUAUACGAAGAUGGACGAUGCCAUCCGCAACUGGGAUAACGCGAGGCCUCCUUGGGCGGAAAAACGACGAGCGUCAAGAACAGUAGUAUCGUUCUUACCAGAUCGUAUUGAUAAUCUUGACAUGAGCGAAUACAACGAGGAGCAGAGAGCAGCAAUCGAAGAAUUACGUGCUGCCAGGGAUUUGAAAACCAUUAAGGACGCAGAAGUUGCUCGCAAGGCGGAAGAGGAGAAAAACUUUGCCCAUGCGAAGUCGAUCGGCGAGGUGGUUGAUUGCGGCUGUUGCUUUGACGAGUUUCCUCUCAACCGAAUGAUUCAUUGCGACGGCGAGAAUGUUCAUUGGUUUUGUCGGAAUUGCAUGAGAUCUCAGGUAGAGACAAAUAUUGGCCUGUCUAAAUACGAAAUAUCGUGCAUGUCUAUGGACGGAUGCGAGGCUGGUUUCUCCGCAGACCAGAAAAAGCUAUUUCUUAAGAAGAAGCUUCGUGUGGUCUUGGAGCGGCUUGAGCAGGAAGCCGUGUUGCGUAUGGCCGGCAUCGAGAAUCUCGAGACAUGCCCAUUUUGCCCAUAUGCAGCGGAAUACCCCCCUGUUGACGUUGACAAGGAGUUUACCUGUGUCAAUCCGGGUUGUGAAAAGAUCAGCUGUCGCCUUUGCCGUAAGGAAACACAUAUACCAAAGACUUGCGCCGAAGCCGCUGUUGAUCAUGGUCUUGACGCUCGACACGUUCUUGAGGAGGCGAUGAGCGCGGCAUUAAUCCGGCGUUGCAAUCAAUGUAAAAAUCCCUAUUUGAAGUUGAACGGCUGCAAUAAGAUUUGUUGUACCAAAUGUCGUACAUUGCAGUGUUAUGUUUGUCGCCAGACUAUUACCGACUAUAGACAUUUCGAUGAUUCUUCAAGGGGCGGAAAAGAAGGCCAGUGUCCGCUGUUCGAUAAGACCGAGGAGCGUCACCAACAAGAGGUACAGCAAGCGGAAGAGCAAGCUCGCCAGAAAAUGCUAGAAGAUAAUACUAAUAUCACAGAAGACGUGUUGAAAAUCAACAUCUCAGAACAAGUUUUGCAAGACGAUCAAAAACGUAGAAAGGGUAACUCGACACAGGGCGCUCCGGCCGUUCCCGCGAAUGUUAUUGAGAAUAUGAACAUUCGCAUCGAUCGCCUCAACCGUCUUGCGCGGCAGCGUCAUGCGGCUCUUCUCGCUGUGAACCCUGAGGCUCAACCCGUAGCUGCGGCUGGUGGUCCCCAGUUUGUUCGUCAAGGUCCACCAGGCAUCGCGGCACAGCACGGGGACAUAAAUGGUAGAAACCCACCCCCGAUCCCGAUCCCGAUGCCCCCGGUACCCCCGGGACACCUACCAGAGCAAUUUCGAGAGCAAUUUCGAGAACUGAACCGGGCAGAGUUUGAACGGCGGCUUGCGGCGAUUAGAGCCGGACAUCCACCUCCAAUGCAACCUCUACAAGGCAUACCAGCCAGACACGCCCCUCGGGUCGUUCCUCCGAUUCCCCAGCCGGGUGCCCCGCAGCGCCCCGUGGACCAGUUAGCUCCUGGACGUCAGCCAGCACCUCAAGUAGUGCAUCGACGUAUGGUCAACGGGCGGCCCCAAGAUAUCCCUGUAGAUCAUCUCGUUCCGGUCUACAGACCACCAAUGAAUGGUUUUCUAAACGCACGGGAUCCAAACGCUUACAACUUUCGUUUUUUCGGAUAGCUACCUAGCUACAAUUGCCGUCUCCCCACCACCCCUUAUACUCUAACGCGUCUUGCCCUUUACAAGCCUCGUUCACAGAAGGACCUAUCAAGUACCUAGCUAUCAAGUUCGCAUUUUCCGAGUUUUUUUUUCUCGGAGUUGGUAAAUGCCGCCUGUUAUCUGGUUGCUUUGGCUUUUGCCCUUCGUCGAAGGUGCCCAUUCGAUAGAUACAUCAUUCAAGGGGAAGCCACGGAACG